UUCUUCUCUCUCCAGUUUUCAGAUCUUUUUAAACAACAUCUGAUCCUUCAUCAGAGGCAGACACGGCGAGAAUCCUUCAAAGAUGAUGUUGUUUUUGAUACUGUGCAGUCAUAUGACUCUUCUAUGUUUACCUUAUUUAGUGAUGGGACAGGACGAUGACAAUUAUCCGGUUGUCAGGACUGCUAAUGGUCAGAUCAGGGGGAAAAUUUUGAAAUUAACGAACGGCUUAGAAGUUGCUGCGUUCCUGGGUAUUCCUUUUGCCGAACCGCCUGUUGGUCCUCUGAGAUUCAAGCCACCUGUUCCUAAAGCUCCCUGGGAUGAAGUUUUCAAUGCAACUUCCUUUGGUCCGUUGUGUUCUCAAAGUAAGCAUAGAUCUCAUUGGGACAUCGUCAUGGAACCUAACGGACUAAAGGUUCUAAGGAGACUAGGAUUGUGGGAUUAUCAACAAGGAGAAGACUGUCUCAAUUUAAAUAUUUAUGUGCCUUUCAAGGCUCUUCCUGAUAAAAAUCCAAUACUAAGUAAUUUACCCAUCAUGUUUUUCAUUCAUGGAGGUUCUUACAAAACAAAUGGGGGACGUUUUUAUCCUGGAGAAUGGCUUGCAUCUGCUGGAGAAGUAAUUGUGGUUACAGUGAAUUACAGAUUAGGAGUUCUAGGAUUUCUUAGCACACAAGAUGAAAACGCCAAAGGAAAUUAUGGUCUUCUUGAUCAAAUCUUGGCUUUGAAAUGGAUACAAGAGCAUAUUGAAAAUUUCGGUGGUAAACCAACAGACGUUACGAUAUUCGGAAACAGCGCCGGUGGAGCAUGCGUGGGCUUGCAUUUAAUUUCUCCUAUGUCACGUGGCUUGUUUUCGAAAGCAAUUGCCCAAAGUGGAAGUCCGAUUGGCGAAUGGGCAGUGCAAAGAAAGCCAAGAAUGUAUGUAGAACGACUGGCUCGCAAACUUAAAUGCCCGGAUGUGAACGACAGUGCUGCCAUUCUGGAAUGUUUGAGAAAAGUCUCUCCGGAAGAAAUUCUCGAUAAGAGUGAAGAUGCUAAGAGCUUGGAAGAUUCUCUGAUGCUUCAGUUUGCGCCAGUCAUUGACGGAGUAUUCCUAUUGGACCAGCCAAAUAUAAGGCUUCAACAAGAGGGUUCACUGUCAUCAGUACCUGUCAUUGUGGGAGUGACAAGAGAUGAGCUUGAAGUAUGGAUGACAAAGUCCUAUCAAGACAAAGAUCCAUCAUCUAUACCAUUUACAAAAGAUUUGCUGAGGAAGUAUCUUCUCCAUUUAGUACGCAAUGAUCGUUUAUCCGAUGUUGCCGAAGAUGUUUUGCUGCAUGCCGUGUACACUGAAUAUGUUUAUGAGCAUGGGACAACUUCAAAUCACAAAAAGAAAAGAAAAGAACAGCAAAAAAUGAGCANAUUUUUAUGCUAG